CCUAAGUGGUUCAACCUACAGCACCACAUCAUUUUCCAUUGAACCUCGCCGAGGGAAGUGAGCUACGAAAACAACUCAUUUUAGUCAACAAAACGCUGAAACGGCGUGCAAAAUUUCAUCUUCCAGGUUAACGUGACGUUAGAGAAAGCUAAAAAUAGCAAAAAUGGCCGAGGCUGACUGGGAUACGGUGACUUAUCUGAGGAAGAAGCCGCCGACUGCGAAGCAGGCGCGCUCUCAGCAGGCUGUCAAUGCUGCCAUGCGCAGAGGGGAACAGAUAGACACCACCAAGAAAUUUAGCGCUGCCCAAAACAAACAGCACAGUGCAGCUAAGGACACAGCCAAGCUGGACAGAGAGACAGAGGAACUGCAUCAUGACAAAGUAUCACUGGACCUGUCUCGUCUCAUCCAACAAGCUCGACAGGACAAGAAGAUGACACAGAAGGACCUGGCCACCAAAAUCAACGAGAAGCCACAAGUGGUGAACGAAUACGAGAGCGGAAAGGCUAUCCCCAACCAGCAAGUGAUAGGCAAGAUAGAGAGGGCCUUAGGCGUGAAGCUGAGAGGGAAGGAUAGGGGCCAGCCCCUGCAGCCUAAGGGCAAGAAGAAGUAGGAUAGAGCCACCGGUCCCUCCGAGCUGAGCCCACCCAGCAUGUCUACCUUCUCCAGAUGACAGAGUUAGACCCUCCUGAAGCAUGGCUGCCCUUCAAACAACCA